AUGCGUCUCUUUGCAAGUCUGUGCAUCGCGCUAGGCUUUUUGGAAAGAGUGAGCUGUUUGUGUCCUUCACAGUGCACCUGUGGUUAUCAUGGCAGAAAUGACGGCAUGGGAUCAAGGUCUGUGCUAUGUAGUGACCUGGAUAUGAACGAGGUACCUACAAACUUCCCCUUGGACACUGUGAAGCUUCGCAUAGAGAAGACCGUUGUCCGUAGGAUCCCCGCCGAGGCCUUCUACUACCUGGUGGAGCUCCAGUACCUCUGGUUGACCUAUAAUUCUGUGGCCAGCCUUGACACCAGCAGCUUUUACAACCUAAAGCAGCUGCAUGAGUUGCGCUUGGAUGGAAAUUCUCUGGCUGCUUUCCCUUGGACAUCUCUGAGGGACAUGCCUCGUCUGAGGACCCUGGAUUUGCACAAUAACAGAAUAACCAGUGUGCCAAACGAGGCGGUCGCGUAUCUGAAGAACCUUGCCUACUUGGAUUUAUCAAGCAAUAGAUUAACCACACUGCCGCCAGAUUUCCUGGAGAGCUGGUCCCACUUAAUUACAACAUCAUCCAGAAGGCUGGACAUUUCAGCAAGAAGAAUUAUUCUUGGCCUGCAGGACAACCCAUGGUUCUGUGACUGUCACAUUUCCAAAAUAAUGGCAUUGUCAAAAGUCGCUGACCCUGUGGUAGUACUUCUUGAUCCACUGAUGGUUUGUAGUGAACCGGAACGCCUCACAGGGAUUUCAUUUCAGCGGGCGGAGCUGGAGAAGUGUCUGAAGCCAUCAGUGAUGACCUCGGCCACCCAGAUCACAUCUGCUCUGGGCAGUAAUGUUCUGCUGCGGUGUGAUACCACUGGCUACCCUACCCCGCAGCUCACCUGGACCAGACCAGACAGCUCGCCAGUUAAUUAUACAGUAAUUCAGGAAUCUCCAGGGGAGGGAGUCAGAUGGUCCAUAAUAAGCUUGACAGGCAUUUCUUACAUGGAUGCUGGGGAUUACAAAUGUAAGGCCAAAAAUUUGGCUGGGAUGUCAGAAGCUGUGGUUACUGUGACAGUGGUUGGUGUUGUCAUGACCACCGUGUCAUCAGAAACUUCUGAAAGAAGAACUGGGGAUCACCCUGAGCAAGAGGUCCAGCUGGGAUCUAGAACAUCUGCAACUCUACCUGGUUCAUCAUCGUCUCCCUGGCCUUAUUCCUCCUCUUCUUCCUUCCCAGCUUCUUCCACUUUUCCUCCUACUUCUACUUCAUCCCCUCCCUCCACUGCUUCCUUCUCCUUAUCUCCUUUCUUCUCCUCCAUUGUUUCUUCAGCCACAACUCCAAGCACUAGAAUAUCUACAAGCACUACCAUGGCCAGCCGUCAGUCACUCCACCCAGAUGGGAAAAGAAAUGUCAAGGUGGAGAUGAGUAGCGGUAAGCUUCCCCCGGCUAGUGCAAGUAAAAGAGAAGAGUUGGCAUUGUUGGAUCAAGCCCUGCCGAUGGAAACGAAUGCCACAAUAGAAAAUCUCCAGGUAGUCAGCGAAACCGAUGAAAGCGUGAUCUUGAUGUGGAACACCAUUAACACCACGCAGAAUUUGGAAGUGACUGUGUUGUAUUCCAAGUAUGGUGAGAAGGACCUGCUACUGCUUAAUGCAGACUCCAGCAAGAACCAAGUCACCAUAAGUGGCUUGUUGCCUGGUUGGCAAUAUAUAGCAUGUGUCUGUCCAAAAGGAAUGCCUCCCCAGAAAGACCAAUGUAUCACCUUUUCUACUGACAGAGUUGAAGAAGAAGGUGAUUCUCAAGGGUCUUUCCUUAUGGUGGUGAGUGGUGCUGCCUGUGUUGUUGUCUUGCCAUUGAUUUUUUUCCUGUUGUACAAAGUUUGCAAACUUCAGUGUAAGUCAGACUCCCUCUGGGAAGAUGAUUUGGCGAAAGAGACUUAUAUCCAAUUUGAAACGCUGUCCCCCAGGUCUCAAAGUGUAGGGGAACUUUGGACGCGAAGGCCCAGAGACGAUUCAGAAAAAUUGCUGCUUUGCUCUAGGUCAAGCGUGGAAUCUCAUGACUUUUAA